CAAGACCACCCGGGAAGUCAGUGGCUGAACUGGAAAAUCCAACCCAGUCUUGACUCCACUUCCAGUGUUCAUUCCGAGGCACCAUUGCGGAGAGGAAAUAGUUAAAAGAACUCGGAGUUCUCCAGUGCCUGGGAGGCACAUGCUGGUGUUUAAUAGAGGCAGCCUCCUUGGGGCUGGAGGUUUGGGGCUGGUCUUGUUUUUAUGGAGUGGAGGUGGAGGAGGGAAGUCUUUGGGGGGAGCAGAGGGGGAGGGAGGAGGGUGUUACUUUGGAGUUUUCCUUUUCUCCCAGGAUUUCGCUCCCACACACACUUCUGCUUUCUCUCGGUGACCAGCAGAGGAGGAGAAUCUCAAUCCCACUCGGCCAAAUUGAGACGGGAGAAGAGGGAAGACCUCCCCCCAAGAGCCACCCGGAGGAAGUUUGCAGAAGCGGCGGCGGCUGGAAGGGCUAGAGCCGGCAGCCACUUCUCCCUCUGCCGCUGCUCCCCGUCCCGGAGCCCGCGCCUGGAAGGACAUCCCCGCUCGCCUUGACUCUGUUGGGCUGGGGAAUCUCAUGCCUGAAACGGGGACUCGGGCAGCUGCCAGUGCCCGGAAAAUCAGCCCGGCGCGGACCUCCCGGGUCAAAGAAUUAACUGCACAAGACUAGGAUUGUGAGAGACAUUUCUGUUCUGUUUGAUUUCAAGAUGGAGAUCUUUUAUCUCAGGGCCUCUUUUUGGCUCCUGUUGGCUGGAUGUGUGGUCAGUGACAAUCCUGAAAGUUAUCACACAAAUCUGAGUGACCCUGUGGAUGACUUGACCACAUUUCGUGGGACAGAGCCCAGCCUCCCUUUCACUACCCACCGCCCAACAUCCUUGGUCCUGCCAAGCAACGGCUCAAUGCGUAACUAUUGCCCUCAGCAGACUAAAAUCACUUCAGCUUUCAAGUACAUCAACACAGUGAUAUCUUGUGCUAUUUUCAUCGUUGGAAUGGUGGGGAAUGCGACUCUGCUCAGGAUCAUUUACCAGAACAAAUGCAUGAGAAAUGGCCCUAAUGCACUGAUAGCCAGCUUGGCCCUAGGAGACCUAAUUUAUAUUGUCAUUGAUAUCCCUAUCAAUGUAUUUAAGCUCCUCGCUCAGCGAUGGCCUUUCGAGCAGAAUGAGUUUGGGGUCUUUCUCUGCAAGCUGUUUCCCUUCUUACAGAAGGCCUCAGUUGGGAUCACAGUCCUCAAUCUCUGCGCUCUCAGUGUGGACAGGUAUAGAGCAGUUGCCUCCUGGAGUAGAGUUCAGGGAAUUGGGAUUCCCUUGAUCACUGCAAUUGAAAUUGUGUCCAUCUGGAUUCUGUCCUUUGUUUUGGCUAUUCCUGAAGCCAUUGGUUUCGUCAUGGUGCCCUUUGAGUAUAAGGGCAAAGAACACAAAACCUGCAUGCUCAACCCCACAAACAAGUUCAUGGAGUUUUACCGAGAUGCAAAAGAUUGGUGGCUCUUCGGUUUCUAUUUCUGUGUGCCGUUAGCAUGUACUGCCAUAUUUUAUACCCUAAUGACUUGUGAGAUGCUCAACAGAAGAAAUGGCAGUUUAAGAAUUGCACUCAGCGAGCACCUUAAGCAGCGCCGUGAAGUAGCAAAAACAGUCUUCUGUUUAGUUGUGAUUUUUGCUCUUUGUUGGUUUCCUCUUCAUCUGAGCCGAAUCUUGAAGAAGACCGUGUACAAUGAGAGGGAUAUGAACCGGUGUGAAUUGCUUAGUUUCUUAUUGCUUAUGGAUUACAUCAGCAUUAACUUGGCAACUAUGAAUUCAUGUAUAAACCCGAUAGCGCUAUAUUUUGUCAGCAAAAAGUUUAAAAACUGUUUCCAGUCAUGUCUGUGCUGUUGCUGCUACCAGUCGAAAAGUCUCAUGACAUCAGUACCAAUGAAUGGAACAAGCUUCCAGUGGAAAACCCAUGAACAAAACCACCAUAACACAGAUAGGAGCAGCCACAAGGACAGCAUAAACUGAUGCCCAGAACACCAGCAAAGCAUCAAGCUUUAUGAAAAAAGAAAGACUGAUUUCCACACAUGUUUAGCCAGGAAUUUUCUCAUUCUUCCCUGCUCCUUCCCUUGAAAAAUGCACUUGAGAAUUGCCAUCAAGUAACCUGGUUAUGUCUUUUACAUGCUGUGAAGCUGACUGCUUUCAGCUGACUUGACAUUUUUCAGAGAUGACGUUCAGUGGUGUUGGGGGGAACCUGGAAAGAACUCUCUUAGAGUUCUUAGCCCCUGAGGACACAUCUGCUCCUUUUGCAGGAAGUGAAACUUCCCCAAAUGUGACUGGCAUACAGCGCACCUUCUGGCUGAGGUCUGCUGAGAAAUGGCACCAUGAAAUGUUGGUGAGGGCCAUAGGAAGAAGGACUGUGGUCAAUAUAGUGCAUCCUCACCCUCUUGAGUGUUGAAAUUUGUUUUUCUUAGAAAAUACAGUAUGGGUUUAAGCCACAUUUGUUUUAAAUGUCAGUCCACACCAGUAUUCUUUUUUUUAAUUACAUAUCUUAGUAGCAUAGUCACAAUCUUUUGCUCUUGUUCUACACAUUUUGCUAAGAAAGAAGUAGAUUUCAUGAGCAGUCAGAAGGUAAGGUUCCUCUAAGCAAUGAUGAAUCUAUAAAAAUGUAUGUCUUAAAAGCAGCUUUAAUUUUGGCACUUAAAACUCAAACUGAAAGCACCAGAAGGUAUGAUGAUGUGCUAAUAAUAAUAACUAACAUUUACUUAGUGCUUUGAAUUUUCAAAGUAUCUUAUGACAGGUGAAUAGCCCUGGAAAGUAGCUACUACAAAUGAAAUCGUUCUCAUUUUAUAGAUGAAGAAAACAAGGUUUAGAGAGAAGUGACUUGCUCAGAUUUACAGAGCUAAGAAAUAUCAGAGGCAGGUUUUGAACCCAUCUUCCUGCCUCUCAAGGCAGUGUUCUAUUAGGCUGUAACUCUAAGUAUUAGUCUAAAGACUAAAGAAAUCUCUUGUGGGGAAUUUUUAAUGAUCCUUUGUAAGCUAAAGGGUAUACUGAAACACAUAAUAAAUUCCCAAAUCACAUUUCAAUUCCAUAGGCAUUUAUUAAAUGCUGGAGUUACUUUGGAUUCAACAGAUGUUUUCCAUGAGCUUAUUCUUAUUUUUAGGAUUAUUUCUCCUACAAAAUAAAGAGAAUGUACUGAGAAGUAAAAGGCAAAGCACUUAAAUAAUUUCUGAAAUUUUCAGCAACUUAUCUAAGAGGAAAUGCAAGAAAAUAUGAAAUUCAAAGUCUAAACAAAGUAUUCCAUUUUCAUAGAGUUUAAAAAAAAAAACCUAGUAGUUCAAGCUCUAGCAGUUCUUCUUUUGUUAUGUCUGGAUAUAUACUUUAAAUUUCAGUAAUUCUCAAAAACGGCACUAGUUCUUAGCCACCAAGUGUUUCAUGUCUAUUAUUAGACAUGGAACAUUAAAUAUUCUAAAUUUCAGUGCCUCCUCUCGGCCACAGAAAACUGCUAGGAGAUUAUGGGGUUUACCAUGCCAGAUAGAAAUGAAAUCCUAAAUGCCAAUCUGGACUUCUUCAUGUCCCAGGUCCAAAGCACAAGCCUUCUUCCCAUUAACCUACUCACAAGGUCACCAUUUCAAAGUGCCUCCAGUGGCUUAUCCUGGGCAACUUCCCAGAUGUUUACAGUCUGUGCACAGCAGAAAGCCUUCAAGUGUACAUAGAAACACCAUUUGUAAAUUUCUUUGCAGAUUUUUUUGAUAUUAUAUGUCCAUGAUGUGUCUUUGUGUGUGUGUAUAUAUAUAUAUACUUAAUUGUGCAUAUAAUAUAUGCAGUUGUGUACCAAAUCAUAACCUAAUAGUAUUGUUCAAGACUAGUGCCCCCAGUGGACCCUGAACAAAACCUUUGGGGACAUUUAACCUGGAUGAUUAAUUUUACUUCAGAAGCCUCUAUUUCCCAAAAUUAGUGACCACAGUUGUCAUUCCAAAGAGAAGACCAAUACACUGAAUAAAUGACUGGCAGGAGUGUAUGAGAUCAAUGCAAUAAGAUGAUAUCUUUUUUUUAAACUAGUUUUUUGAUGAAGUAACAUAUUGGAUUGUGUCAUCUCCUGUGCUACAGUGAUAGGAAUAUAUUACUUUAUAAUAUCUGCUACCAUCCCCUCUAUCCAGUGCCGAGAGGCAACUCUAUGUUAUGGAUAGAGGGAAAGUCUUGGUUCAGGUAUUGCCUCUAGUACGUCAUGGUUGUGUGACCAAGUCACUUAUCCUCUUAGUGCCCAGGAAAUUCUCUAUAAUUAUAUAUUACAGACUAAUUGACACGAUUUACAAUAGUAAAGGGAGUUUCCGAACAGAGAUUUUCCUGUCCUGAUGUCAUCUCGAUCAGAAAAAAAAUGGACAAUAAAUUCAUGAGGAUGCUAAGUAGUGCUAGAAGAUGGUGCCAAGAAUCCUGUUUUGCUAACACAGAGCUAAGCUCAUUUAUGGUGCUGCAUUUAGACACAAUUCCAGACACAACCCUACCUAAAAACUUAUCCUAGGUUUUGUCAUUAAAGCUGAGAGGCUAGAAAACUCUGCUUAUUCAACUAUUACCCUGCCACAUUCCCUUCAUUUAUUGGUACAGCACAUGAAAGGACAUAUGCCUAUAACAUAAGCUAAAGUAUUACAAGAAUUUUGUU